UUUCGUCGACGCAGCAGGUUGUGUACAAAUUCACGCUUUUUUCACUCACGACUGUGAUGACAAUUGUAUACAUUUAUGAUCACUUUUGAGAGCCGAGGGGGAGUCCGCUUACCUGAUCGACCAGCCAAAAUGAUCGACCCCAGCUCUUCCGAAGAGGAAACGGAUGAAGAGGGGGUUGAGGAACCGCAUCACCAUCGCCAUCACUCGCAGCCAUCGCAACGGGCCGCCAAGGGCCAGCAGGACGCUAGCGGUGGCGGCUCGUCGGCAGGAGGAGGUGCCAACAACUCUUUCGGGACGGCUCCUGGGCAACUGGCUGGCGCUGGUGCGGGAGGAAAUCUUGGCGGAGGCAACGGAGCAGGAGCCGGGGCUUCGUCGUCGUCCGGCACAGCUGCAACGUCGUGGGGAGGAGGAGGAGGAGCUUCCGGCAGCUUGGAUGUUCCUCCGCCGUCGGGCAGUUUGCCCAGAUCGGUGUCGCCGGGAUUGGGUCCGGGAACGGACGGCGGUACUUCCAAUUCGACCAGCGCCACCCUGCCGGCCCAUUCGCCCUCGCUCAAUUCGUCCCACCGCAGCGGAUCUCUGCCUAGGCCGUUAUCGCCUUCGCCGUCGUUGACUAGCGACAAGAACGAGCAAGAUUUCCAGGAGCGCGAGGAGGAGGAGAGGAAGCGCCGUCUCCAGCUGUACGUCUUUGUGUCACGUUGCGUCGCCUACCCGUUCAACGCCAAACAACCGACCGACAUGACCAAGAGACAACUGAAAGUCUCCAAGCAACAGCUCGAGUCGCUCCAGCAACGCUUCCAGAGCUUCCUGAAAGGAGAGACGCCCAUUUUGGCCGACGAGGCUUUUCACAACGCCGUUCAGAGUUACACGGAACUUUUCCUGCGCUCCGACCGAGUCCUCCACGCCGUCACCGCUGGCGGCCUCUCGUCGCAAGACUUUCGAGAUGUUUUCCGAUUGAGUGUCGAGCGUCGGGUUCGUUCUCUACCCGACAUCGACGGUCUCUCCAAAGAGACGGUCCUGACGUCCUGGAUGGUUAAAUUCGACGCCAUUUUUAAAGGAGUCGGUGAGGAUGAUUCGAGACGUCCCGGAGGUGGCCCGCGAUCGCAGCAACAACAGCAAGCGCAGAUGAAUCAAACUCUGCACAGCGAAUUGGCCCUGUCCAAAGAGCAACUUUAUGAUCUAUUCCAGCAGAUUCUCGGUGUCAAAAAGUUUGAACAUCAACUCCUAUUCAACGCCUUACAAUUGGAUUCGUCGGACGAACAAGCCGCCGCCAUCCGAAGAGAACUUGACGGUCGACUGCAAAAAGUGGCGGAAAUGGAAAAGAACCGGAAACUGAUGCCGAGAUUCGUCUUGAAAGAGAUGGAGGUGCUCUACAUCGAAGAACUCAAAUCGUCCAUCAAUCUUCUGAUGGCCAAUUUAGAAUCGUUGCCAGUCAGCAAAGGAUCGGCCGACUCGCGCUACGGUCUGCAACGCUUCAAGCGCUACAAUGUCAGCGGGAAACGGAGGAGCUCGUUGCUCAGAUCUCAAGGAUCGCUCUCCAGAUUGGAUCAAGACGGCCCCGAUGGCGAAUCCACCUUAUCCAAAAUGGAUAUCGUCCUGUCUUUCACACUCGAGGUCAUCAUCAUGGAAGUGAAGGGACUGAAAUCGCUGGCACCCAAUCGCAUCGUUUACUGCACCAUGGAAGUGGAAGGUGGCGAGAAACUGCAGACAGACCAAGCGGAAGCAUCGAAACCCAUGUGGGACACUCAGGGCGACUUCACCACCACUCACCCGCUGCCUCAAGUCAAGAUGAAACUCUUCGCCGAAGCCGAAGGUAUGUUUGCUCUCGAGGACAAGGAGCUGGGAAGAAUUGUCCUCAGACCUACUCCGCUGGCUUCCAAGUUUCCCGAGUGGCACAAAAUGGAAGUUCCCAAAAACGCGACCGACAAGGACUUGCGUAUCAAAAUCGCCUGCCGCAUGGACAAGCCGCUCAAUAUGAAACACUGCGGGUACUUGUACGCCUGGGGCAAAGGCGUCUGGAAAAAGUGGAAGAAACGCUACUACGUCCUCGUUCAAGUUUCGCAGUACACCUUCGCCAUGUGCAGCUACAAGGAGAAGAAGACGGAGCCGUCUGAAAUGUUCCAGCUGGACGGCUACACGGUGGACUACAUCGAAGCCGCCAGCGCCAAUCUCAUGGUGGGAAUGGCAUCAGAUUUGGACGGCGGUCGAUUCUUCUUCAACGCCGUCAAGGAGGGCGACAGUGUUGUUUUCGCUGCCGACGACGAAGCCGAGUCGCAUCUCUGGGUGAUGGCCCUCUACCGGGCCACUGGGCAGUCUCACAAGCCUGCGCCGCCUCUGACGCCGUCCGGCAAGAGUUCCACCAUCGCUAAAAUCCAAGGAGACACGGAUCGGGCUCGAAAACACGGAAUGGAGGAAUACAUCUCGGCCGAUCCGGUCAAAUUUGAUCAUUCACUCCUCUUCAAGUUGGUUCAGACGCUGACGCUGGACUUUCGGUUGAACGAUCCCUUCGCUUCUUUGGGAUGGUUCUCCCCCGGUCAGAUCUUCGUUCUCGACGAGUACUGCGCCCGGUACGGAGUCCGCGGAUGCUACCGCCACUUGUACUACCUGGCCGAUUUGCUCUACCGGGCCGAACGUGGAAUGAUGAUUGAUCCUACGCUGAUUCAUUAUUCUUUCGCCUUCUGCGCCUCACACGUUCACGGAAAUCGCCACUCGGAUGGGGAUGUACUUGCCCCUGCCAGACCCGACGGUGUAGGCACAGUCACUCACGAGGAGAGGGACAAGUUUCAAGAGAUCAAAGAACGGCUUCGCAUUCGCCUUGAAUAUCAAAUCACCAAUUUCAGAUCGUGUUUCCCUUUCGGUCGCCCUGAAGGCGCAUUGAAAGCCACUUUAUCUCUUAUGGAGCGAGUUUUAAUGAAGGACAUCAUGACUCCCGUUCCGGCCGAAGAGGUCCGCGCCGUCAUCAAGAAAUGUCUGGAAAAUGCAGCGCUUAUCAACUACAACAAAUUGGCUAGCGAAGCCAAAGUAGAAGGAGCCGAAACUACUAUUCAAGAUGAUUUGAGCGGUGAACAACCCGGCGUUCCUCCAAUGAAGAAACUGGAGGAUCUCAUUCAUUUGGCUGAACUGUGCGUUGAUCUUCUUCAACAGAAUGAAGAACACUACGCUGAGGCUUUCAAAGGGGAUCAAGCUUUUGCCUGGUUCAGCGACCUGCUGGUGGAGCACGCCGAGAUAUUUUGGUCAUUUUUCGCCGUUGACAUGGAUGCCGUUCUGGCCGAACAGCUACCCGACACCUGGGAUUCGUUUCCGUUGUUCCAGAUCCUCAACGACUACCUCAGAAUGGAUGAUAAUCUGAAGAAUGGCCGGUUUCACCAGCACUUGCGCGAUACGUUCGCCCCGCAAGUCGUUCGAUAUGUUGACUUGAUGGAAUCCAGCAUAGCCCAGUCGAUUCACAAAGGAUUUGAGAAAGAGAAGUGGGAGAUCAAAGGAAAUGGCUGUUCCACAUCAGAGGAUCUUUUUUGGAAAUUGGACGCUCUUCAGUCAUUCAUUCACGAUUUGCAUUGGCCAGAUGCCGAGUUUGCCCGCCACUUGGAACAGCGAUUGAAACUCAUGGCCUGUGACAUGAUCGAAUCCUGCAUUCAGAGAACGGAAAACGCUUUCCAGCAGUGGUUGAAGAAGGGAGUCACAUUCAAUUCGACGGAUUACGUGCUGCCGGCCGAACUCUGCGCCAUGGUCAACGUAGUACUCGAUGCCAAGCAACAGUCUUUCAAACUCUGCGCCGUUGACGGAGUUGAUGUGCAUCAAUAUCACACUAAAAUUGACGAGCUCAUUGAGAGAACUUCAUCCACCAUGUCUCAAGGCGUUGUCAGUCGACUGUUAUCAGUUCUCGAGUCGGUGAUCAGCAAGUUGGCCCGCUACGAUGAAGGAUCUAUCCUCGGGUCAAUCCUAUCAUUUACGUACAAGCAGAAUGUUUCGGGAUCGGGCCGAGAUCUUGGCCAGUCGUACGUCAACUUCACUCGUAACUCCAUGGACCAAAUCCGCAGCAAAGUCAAUGACGAACUUUGGAUUCUCAACUUAUUUGACGCGUGGUACGCGGCCCAGAUUCAAAUGCUGGGCACCUGGCUAGCAGACCGGAUGAAUCAUUCUCUUCACCCUUAUCAAUGCACUUGCUUAGCUCACAUUGUCAAGAAAUUGUACACGGAUUUUGAACUGCAAGGCGUCAUAGAAGAAAAUCUGAAUUCGAGACUAUAUCAGACGGUGUCGACGAGAAUGCAAACCGAAGAGGCUACCUGCGCUCUCACCAUGGGCAUGAGUACUUACAAUGAAAUGGGAGGUGAUGAAGAAGCAGAGUCUCGACCUAAAGUGAAGAUUAGUGAAACUUCGCAAAGCAGUACGGGAAGCGCUGGGAUGGGAUCGACGUCAUCUUUGGAUCCUGCAACCUACGUCAAUAAGAUUAGUAACGUGACCAAUCAAGUGGUCGGUCGGAUGGGCAAUGUUUUUGGUAAAGGAUUGGGAGGUUUGGGUGGCAAACUCGGAGGGCCAUCCUCUUGGUUCUAAAAAAUUAUUUCAGUUAACAAGAUUUAAAAAAAUAUGAAAGGAAAUGGAAGGCCAGUGCCAUUGAGCUGCAUCUUACUAUCCUAGUUGAUCUCUAUUCAUUCUGAUUCCCCCACUACCCUUCUACUCACCUGUCAACACCUUUCACUCAUACACAGUAUAGUUGGCCAUCUGAAUGAUCAAACAAGAUGUAUUAUUUGAAGCAGAAAUGCCAGAGUAACUAGCCUGUUUUACAUUAAAGAGAGACUACGCCAGUCUUUCAGUUGUCGUGUGGCUAGUCAUGCAGAAUCAGCAUUUUGGUGCGUGUGUGGUUUUCCUGCGUACAUUUCUCGUGGAUAUACAUAAGCUGUACAUAGAUCUAGACUUACAAAGUUCGCUCUUUUAUUGCGCCUCUUUUGUCGUUUGUUUUCAAUUUUUCUGGCUCUUCUCUUUUUUCCUUUUCAUGACCUGCGCUUCUCUUUCUUAAAACAAAAAAGGUAAAAUAAAAACUCUUUCGACGUCUUAUUCCCGUGUGUUCAACAGCUCGUUGUCAAUUCCCCCCUCUCUCGUUAUCCAGCACUUCUGUGGUAGUGGCCUCAAAUUCUUGUUAAUUAAAAUACAAUUAUUCCAAUUGA